UUGCAACAUCUCAUGCAAAAUUCGCAUGCUUCUAGUUGUUGACAGAGUGGAUUAUUGAUCCUUGGAGUUGGAUUGAACCAGAUUUCCACAAUUUCUGUGAACGGCUUUAAAUUUAGAUUUGAACUGCUGGCAGUUGAGGAAGUCUUCUUCGUCAGUCUGUGUCUAGCACGAAAUCUACAGCAUCAAAAAACGGGAACUUGCUCAAGUUUGCGUCUGAGAAAAGAGUUCUUGGAAGCCUGGAGUCAUAAAUAAAUACCGACCAAAAUAACAAAAAUACUCGUACUAUUUCCAGCCUAUAACUCAACCACCCUCACCGCAAAAACAGCUUACAAAAAACCUAAACCCAACAAACCAUUAAAUCCGGCAUUACUAAACAAUUUGGGACUGCCAGUGAAUCAUCGAUUUCUCAUUAAGUUUGUGAUUGGACAGAAAUACGGCGAAGCAGUAAAUUAAUUAACAGCUACAACAACAACAAGCACAACGCCCUGGUUGAGCCCUCAACCAUCUGCAAAACUAAUAAAAACGGUUUUAUUCGAAUGUCCGAAAGAUCUAUGCAAGAAGUAACGUUUGGAGGUCCACGUAACCACGCUUCUGCAGACGUCGAUUAUGGGUGGGGGUCAAUUGAGUAGUGGACUCAACACACUCCAUCAUCAUCAAAAGCAUCACCCAAAACUCUUAGUAAUUAAUACAAGUGUUGAUUGCUCAAGUUUUGGUACUUCUUACUGCAGUCCAACCGAAGCCAAGAACUCACAAGACUCGUUUAACAUCAAGUCGUCUUGUGGCUCCUCGUGUUGUUGUGAGGAUUUUAUCACUGUCGCCUGUGAUAAAGCUAAUACCACUAAUAACACGUAUCAACAACAGCAGGAGUUGUUGUUUUGUAUUAAUAAUUACUGUUUGGACACCAUCAACACUGACAUUGAGGACGAUACUCUGAUGGAAGUUCCCAGUGGAAGUGCAAGUGUUUUCGUUAAUUCCGUACCUUUUUCCUCCAACCUCACUACGAUUGGGAAGAAAAAAUCUCAGUUCAUUAUUUCCAAGUAUUUUUUAUCAAAUACUAAUUUCGCCGUUAGUCCCUUUCUCCGGGAAGAACUAGUUUCGUAGUCAAACGUAUACUUUGACAUUGUCAAGUUUUUUAGUCAAUUAUCCACAAUUUUUUUCAUACUUUCUCUCAAAUAAGUCAUCAUCAGGAGAUAUUUUAAAUUCUGAUUUCGUUUGCAUAAAUUGUAAUUAAUGUUACGUAUGUAUUUGUUUAACAACGAUUAAGAAGUUUCAAGGGAUAUUUCUAAUAAAUUUAAUAUCGCACACCGUACAACGAACGCAAACACCUAAUCUAUUAAAAUGGUCCGAGAUAAGAUAAAAGAUAGACAAAAUUCCGUAAGAAUAUAUGACGAAGAAGGAUUUCUCCAGCGUGCGGCUUGCAUUUGUGUUAAAAAUGGGGCAGAGGACGAGAUAUUGUUGGUCAGCUCAUCGCGGCAUACUGAUCAGUGGAUCGUUCCUGGUGGUGGCGUCGAGCCUGAAGAGACGCACUCCGUUGCUGCGAUGCGCGAAGUGGUGGAGGAGGCUGGCGUCAAAGGUCAUAUCGAUCGAUGCCUCGGAGUAUUCCAGAACGAAGAGCGCCGCACGCGAACAGUUGUGUACGUUUUGAUGGUCACCGAAGAAAUGUCGGAAUGGGAAGAUUCCAAGAAUAUUGGUCGUAGACGGAAAUGGUUCGGCCUGGAAGAAGCAUUUGAACAAUUGGCCCAGCACAAACCCAUUCAGCUCGAUUACCUUCAGCACAUGCGUCUGAAACACAAGGUGUAAUAAUUUGGACAUAGAGACUGGCGCUCAACCUAACACCAAAGCUGAAGCUUAACAAGAAGUAGCAUCAUGAGCCCCAUGGUCCCAUCACUGCUUAUCGACCAACAACCGAAAUAAAUAGAAUUCCGCAAGAUACUUCCUAGUCUCCUCGUCGUACAUGCACACCAAUAGCACCAACGCCAAUUUAAAACGUCGCAUCGUUAAUACGAAAUCGUCAAUUUUCGAAAUGUUUCGAAACAUUAAACAUUUUAAGCUUUAUACAAUAAAUAACCUGCAUCUCGUUAGACAUGUUUGGUGUUUAGACAAUUACAACGAUUUUCAUGAACUAUUAUAAAAAGGUGUUUUAACAUUUAUGUAAAUAGAGCAAGUAGAGCUUCAGUACGUUACGAUUACAUAAGUAUUUAUGCAGUUAGAAAGAUGCCAACAUACUUAUGUAUAAUAUUUGUUAUUAUUGAAUAUAAUUUCAAAAAGCCAACACCUAUACGAUUAUGAUAUACUUAAUUUUGGACUUUUUUAGACGUGAAACGGUGAUUUUAUGUUAUAAGAUCAUUACUGGUGAUUUCAGAAAUUAUAAUUUCGAUUUGAAUUAUACCAAAAUUUGUAUGCACAAUUCUCACUAAACUAUUAAAUGCAUUAAAUAAUUGCAUCUCAAA